AUGACGGACAUAUUAACAACAACGAAAAUAUUGUCCGCCUCAAAUAGGCAAAAAUGCCCAAUUUCAAUCGAUCUCCUAGGCGAAGAAUUGAGCCCACAAUCACUUUUCCAAGCCGCAUUAUCAUCUUCGAAUCUCCAUUUAACUCUAAGAUCUGAUGAUGGCCAAAAAUUGCAUAUCAAUUUCACUGAAGAUAGGUUUGUGACAAAAAAAGUUGUAAGAAAACACAUUUUUCCUGUUGUGACUCAAAUAUCAGAUGACUCAGGAAAUGUUUUGAGAAAAACGACUUUUUUUUGAUUGAUAAGAAUUUUGUUUAAUACCCAUGGAAAAUAAACAUCUGAUAUGAAGUUAAACUUUUUUGAAGAUAGAUGGAUGAAUUUGAAAAAUAUUUUUGAAAAAAUUGUUUGAAAAAUAAAAUUGAAAAAACAAAGAAAAAUUUCAGAUUUCAAUCAACGCAAAACAAUCCUUCAACAUCAUCGCUAGUUUCGAAUUGUCAUUUUCACGGGUUCACAGAAGGAGAUCGAAAUUCUUUAUCUGCUUGUAGUAGCGAAGGUAAUUUUGAGAAAAUUGGAAACUUGAGAGGCGUUUAGAAGUGGAGCUCAAAAAUUUGAAAAAUAAAUAAUUUUUGCUCGAGAAAAUUUCCUAUACUGUGAAAAAUAUGUAAUUACUGUUUGAAAAAGAAUUUACAAGCAUGAAAUUGUACAAAUGUUCAAUUCCUAGAUUUUUUUAAUUUUAAAUUUCGAAUACAUUUUAUUAAAUUACAGACCAUGAAAUUUUGUUUUUUUUUUCAGAAAUUGGUGGUUUGAUUUUCACGAGAAACAAUCGAUUUGGUCUCGCUGUAAAAGAUGGUCGCUUCAUUCUCACACCAUAUGUAAUUGACAACUGCAGUAAGUGAAAUAUAUUUUGAAAAAAACUGGUUUUUGACAAUAGAACAAUUGAAAGUGUCAGCGAGAUUAAAUUUUUUUGAAUUUCAAAAUACUUGUUGUUUUCAGACUUUGGAGAGCCGAAACGAUCAAAGCGUAAAGCUGACAUUGAUCGAAAUCCAUCUUACAUCAAAGAACAUCUAGAUGACCGUCGAAGAUUUGUUGAAUUGGCCUUGGCUGCUGAUUACUCAAUUUAUCAGAAGCUUGAUUCAGAUGAGCAAAAAGUCAAUGACUAUAUGCAAAAAACGAUCAAUGUUUUGAAUUCGCUCUAUCAUCCAUUGGGAAUUCGUGUAGCUUUGGUUUAUUCAGAAAUUUGGAAGAAGGGAAAUUUAGUUGAAGUAAUUGAAGAUUCUGGAAAAACUCUUCAAAAUUUUCAUGAGUAUAUGAAAGAUACAAUGCGAAAGGAACACCUUUUUGAUACAGGUUACAUGUUGACGUGAGUUCAUAUAUUUUUUAUAUAAAAAAACUAUCUGAUGAUUUUCUAGAACUUUGCGAUUUGCCGAUGGCGUAGUUGGAAAAGCUUACAAAGGAACAAUGUGCUCGUAUGAUUUUUCAGCUGGAAUUUAUGUUGACCACAAUGACGAUUUUGUGACAACUGUCGCAACUUUGGCUCACGAACUUGGUCAUACUUUUGGAAUGGAUCACGAUCCUGAUAUUCCGGAUGCUGAUGUUUGCUAUUGUCCAAUGCCAAAAUGUAUAAUGUCAGCACAAUCUGAUCACGUUGAAGUUUGGUCAGAAUGUUCAGUAAAGAAUCUUGCGAACGCAUUCAAUCGUGGUGUUGAUCUUUGCUUGUUCAAUGAACCUGGAAAAAAACCAUCUGAUGCAGUUUGUGGAAAUCAUAUUGUAGAAGCUGGUGAAGAAUGUGAUUGCGGGCCAAUCAAAUGUUCAAACCCUUGUUGCGAUUAUAAAACUUGCAAAUUCAUUGGUGAAGCAGUUUGUGCAUCUGGUGAAUGUUGUGACCUUCAAACUUGCAAACCAAAACCUCGGGCUACAGUUUGUCGAACAGCUUUAGGCAUAUGCGAUUUGGAUGAGUACUGUAAUGGCGAAACAAGUGAAUGUCCUGCUGAUUUUUAUGUUCAAAAUGGUGCAAUUUGUCCAAACAGACAAAAGGUUGGUUUGCUAUCUUAUGUCAUUAUUAUUUCAAAAAUUUUAGGAGUUUUGCUAUGAAGGUGGAUGUGGAAGUCGUGAAGAUAAUUGUGCAAAAAUAUGGGGUGAAACAGGUCAUAACGCUGAUUCAAACUGUUAUGCUCAAAAUACCCGUGGUACAUUCCAUGGAAAUUGUGGAUAUGACGUUACAACCAAGGUUUUCAAAAAAUGUGAACCACAAAAUAACAAAUGCGGCAGACUACAAUGUGAAACUCAAGCUGAACGACCAGUAUAUGGAGAUCCGAAUCGAUAUCAAUCAUCACACAGUUCAGUGCGAUCUUCAAAUAAUAAUCAAACCGCCCCAAGUGUCUGUUAUACUUUUAAACAAGAAAUUUUAAAUCAACCAGAUAUUGGAAUGGUUCCGGAUGGUGCAGAAUGUGGCCCAGAUGAUAUGUGCAUUGGUCAGAAAUGUCAGAAAAAGAGCAAAAUCACAAAAGUCACAUCACAAUGUUUGGAUAACUGUAAUUUCCGCGGAGUUUGCAACAAUGUUGGAAAUUGUCACUGUGAACGUGGAUUUGGUGGCAUCGCUUGUGAAAUUCCUGGCUAUGGUGGCUCAGUGAACUCCAAUGAAGCAUAUCAAUUCAGAGGGUGAGAAUUUUGCAAGACUUUUAUGGAAAAAAGUUUCUGUUUUAUAGGAUUACUGUUACUUCCACAUUUUUGGUGCUCUUCUUCUUCCUCGGAUUUUUCAUCGCAGGAUUGUGUGUUUGGUAUCGCGUGAAGAAACAACGAAACCUUCCGUCUGAAUGGUGGAGCGUUGUUCGCAAAAAAUUCGAUCUACAUGGUGAUCUCGUCCCAGUUCGUCGUGCACCUCCCCCUCCAUAUGCUCAACGAAUUCGACAAAGUUUCACAGCCAUGUGGGGAGAUCAUUCAGCUCCACCAACAUAUUCACCCCCGCCACAAAUUCCAAAAUUCGAUCCACCUUGUAUUCCAAUGGCAACAUUCAAAGAUCACGAAGUUUCAAGCCCAACACCAUUGCUCCACUCAAAUCCUGCGCAUACUGCUGAAGUCUACCCAGUUUUCGAAAAACCGAGAUCAGAUUCAUUUAGUCGAACUGGCUCACUUCGUCCCAAUUUCCAACCGCCACCUAUACCUCGGCCAUCUGAUGAAGCUCUGAAUCGACUGCGAGAAGAACUUAAUGAUGAAAAAUAUGAUAAAUUGUGAGUUGAUUUUUUGUUCCAAAAUUUUAUUUUUUAUUGGUCAAAAAUCUAUGUUGCUUUUACUAACUACUUUAGAACCAAACCAAAAGUAGCACCACCACCGCUUCCCAAAGAAAAACCCAAAUCAUCCACUUUGAAAAGGAACGAAAGUAUGCGUCCUGAUGUUGCACCACCACCCCCGCCACCAGCGCAUACGGUAAGUUGAAGAACAAAAUCUAUAUCACCUUAUAAAAUAUUAAACUUAAUUUUGUUUUAUUUUCAGAAACCGGCAAUUCCCGAAAACCCGCCAAAAGCCGAUGUGAAAAAGUUAGCCGCCAAAUUUGAACAAAACAAAAAGUAGAUAUUGUCCCAUUUGAUGAUGUUUUUACCUCUUUUCUUUCAAUACCCUAUUUUCAUUCCAUAUUUUUUUUUAUUUUAUAUAUGUUCUCAAAUUUUUCAUUGCCCGCUCCGGUUUUAAAAUAUUCCAGUCAAUUUGAUUUUUAAGUGAUCUAUUUUUUAGCCAACGAUUUUGAAAUUAGAACAAUUUACGCGUAUCGAUCAUUUUAUUUAUGUAUGAGAUAUCCAGAAAUUCUUGCCUGCUAUGAUGAUAUACGCAAAAAUAAACCUUUAUUUGCAUGAGAAAAUCAUUUUUGAUUGUGAGUAAUAUUUUACACAAUCACUUCCAGAGUUUUCAGAGAAGAAGGUAAACAUUUUAAAAUCUGAAAGAAGCAAAUUUGAAUGAAUUAUUAAAACUUUGGGGCAUUUUUGAAAUUGUUUAAUAAAUCUCAAAAUUUCGAAUAAGCUAUAAUUUCAACAACCAAAUGGAAUUUAUUUUCUAAUUUUCUAACGGGAACUUUUCCAAUGUAUUAUUUUCGCAAAGUUCUAAAAUCUUCGGAAAUUCUACAGAAAAAAGGGUACAGAGAACACUAUUGUAAAUUAAACCAUUUUUGAAUUCAUUUAACCAAAAUCUCUUUCAGUUGUCAAUUCGAUGCUUUUGAAACCAUGCCAGAUGCCAGAUGCUAUUCAAAUUCAAAUGCAACAUUUGAAUCUGCAUUCAAUUAA